GCAGUGUGUUUGUCGAUCUGAGUGAAUUCGGGUGGAGGUUAGCGUCGCAUCUGCGUUCAUUGAAUCUUCUAAUUCAAUACUCCUUUCCAUAGUUUCUGUCACUUUUACGAAGGAAUAGCAGUAAUAGCAGGCAGAACGGAAUAUCGCGAAGAUGGGCGACAAAACUGAACACAUCGUCAUGACACCGAAAUGCAAGACAGCGAACUCCACGACAUUGAUAAUUGAGAGACAGGCUCUGCCGCCUGCAGAAAACGGGAAUGAGAACAAUGUCCAUAUCGCUGGUGGGGAUCACAAGGGGAUUGUUAUCAAUAAACAGGUUGUGGCUGUAACAAAUGGCGAGGUGCAGCCUGCCCAACUGUGCCUACAAUUUAGGGUGUUUCUUGUAAGCGCACAAACUGGAAAGCAUACACAAGAACAGAGAACUCUCCAAUUUUGGUUUGUCGACACACUCGCUGAGGCGGAACAGCCAAGCGUUGCGCAAGAAUUUUUCCGAGAACUCGUGACGCCGCAGGAGUUUCCUAGAGAUUAUGUGGGAUUUAUUAAAAAGAUAAUUAAAUUGAUGCAACAUAAAUAUCCCAGCAUUAAAAAACUAGAGGUGGAAUUGAGACAAUUGGAAGAGCCCAUUACUCUUCCAAGCAGGCCAUCUACUGGUCACUUACUAUUCACACUUCCUCUCUCUGAGAAAGUUAUGUGGAGAUCAGUAUCUACAGAUGAAAUAGUCAUGGGUCAAGUGAUUGAGCUAACAGUAGAAAAAGUUUUGGAACUUAUUGAGUCUGCCUAUCCAAAUCCUGUUACCGUGGUUGACAUUGCGAAGGAACAUGGAUGGGAGCUAUCAGCUGUGGAGGCCAAAUUAAAAGAGCUUCAAGAGAAAGGACUUGUUAAAGCAAUAGAUCAUGGGGCUUUCACACGUGUUGUCCAUGAGGAUACUCAAGUCCAAGUAGUAAAGUCGAUGCCAACGAUGGCAAGCGCGAAGCAACCCACCAUUGCUAUUAUUACAGCUCAAUAUUGUGAAAAACUUGCUGUGGAUUCAUUAAUUGAGAAUAAGGAAACCUUUGUUCGUUACACGACUGUUGGUACCGCAAGUUCAUCAGAUGCAAUAGACGGAAUUCCGCGGGUGAUAUGCCGUUUUGGAGAAUCAAAUGUGUAUACUUUGGGCAAUAUCGGUGCGCAUAGGAUUGUGUGCACUAAACUACCAACUGUGGGACAUACCAGAGAAGCAAUGACCGCAGCUGGCAAUACCACUACUAGAUUGUUGGGUACAUUUCAAAAAGUGGAUUUUGUUUUUCUUGUCGGAGUUGGUGGUGGUGUUCCUCAUUAUACAGAUUACAAUAAACACGUGCGAUUGGGCGAUGUGGUGAUAUCACAUCCAAUGCCCCUCAAUAAGAAAUAUGCAUACGUUUAUUGUGAAAGUGCUAAAAUGAAUGAAAGCGAGAACUAUCAUUUUGAGACUAAGGAAUAUUGCCCGCCAAAUCUUGGUCUGCAAGAAAUCGCAGCAACUUUGAAGAAACAGGCUGAAAAUGAGACGUUUCCGCCAUGGCAAUUAUACAUGAAGGAAGGUUUGCAGAAUUUGGUCAAUCAAUCAGAACAUGAUUUUAAUGCGCCACCACCAGAAUCUGAUAAACUAUAUAUGGCUAUUGGAGAGAGGGAUGUCAUCGAAGUAUCUCAUCCAAUCGCUCCUCAAGAUUCCAUAAAUAAAAGAACUGAUAGAUGCUCCCGAAUUCAUUUGGCACCAGUAGCUUCUGGCCGACAAGUCGCACGAGAUGAUCAACUUAGACAAAAGUUUGCGAGCCGAUUCGGUGCGCUCGCAUUUGAUGCAGAAAUGGAUGCUGUCGUAGAGAGUAUCUUGGGUAAUUGUCGCGAAAAUUUCAUUGUAAUCCGCGGAAUUGCCGAUUACAAAGACGGCACUCGAAUCAAAGAAUGGCAACCAUACGCGGCAUUAGCGGCAGCCAGCGUAAUGAAAGCUAUUAUCUGUGCUAUGGAUCCACCAAUUAAUGACUAAUAUCAUUUCUCGUCUAGUUUUUUUAACUUUAUUUUACAUAGUAUAACAAUGCAACGCGCAUAAUUUUUCGUAGGACAAAGAAUGAAAUCUAAAAUCAAAAUAGCACAUAUUACAUG